UUACCUGCUUGAACUAAAUGACACAGGGAGGUGUCUGUCCGCCUGCUUAAUUACCGUGUCGAGGUCAACCCAAAGUCGGUGUCAUGGCAAGACAGCACGACACGCAGUCGACGUGAGCAGUGACAAGCGUUGCCUCACCUUGAGAGGGAUCAGCUCACAUGAGCUCUGAGGAGUUGCAGCAGUUUCGGUUCCUGUAGCAACUCCCGUUUGGGGGAGAUUCCCUCUGAAGUCAGAGCAAUGAGUUGACGCGUCGCUCUUCAAGGUAGCUGUAUCCAGUGGGGAGGCAGGCGAAUCCAAGGGGCGCGAUGAAGUUCUCGGAGCCCCUGGAGAGCCAGAGGUUGUCUUUCCUUUUGGAAAUGGCAACUUCUAGGGAAGCCGCGAUGUGGAAGGUCUACGUGCCGAAAAAUCCCACCAAUCAGGAUACAGAUAUCUCUCCAGCACAGCGGGAUGAGGUAGUUCGAUGGUUGACUGAUCUCCACCGCCGACUCCAGCUUUAUCCAGGGACGCUUUCUUUGGGCAUCAGUACUUUGGACCGGUUCUUAGCCAUCGUAAAGGCCCGUCCGAAGUACCUGCGCUGCAUUGCCAUCUCCUGCUACUUCUUGGCUGCCAAAACCACCGAGGAGGAUGAGAGGAUCCCAGCCCUGCGGCACUUGGCCAAGAACAGCUGCUGCGGCUGCUCUCCGUCCGAGAUCCUGCGAAUGGAGAGGAUCGUCCUGGAUAAGCUGAGCUGGGACCUGCACACUGCCACGCCGCUGGAUUUCCUUCAUAUCUUCCACGCGAUGGUGCUGUCCAGCAGGUCCCAGAUCUCUGCCAUCGUGCCGGGAAUGAACCCCUCUCAGCAUGUGUAUCUCCUCACACGGCAGCUCCACCACUGCCUGGCUGACCACACACUGCUGCAGUUUAAGGGCUCCACCCUGGCGCUGGCUAUGGUCACCUUAGAACUGGAGAAGUGCUGUCCUGAUUGGUUCGCUCUCACCGCCGACCUGCUGAAGAAGCUCCAGAUGGAUAGCUCCCAGCUGAUCCGCUGUCGAGAGCUGGUGGCACGUCGCCUCUCUCCACACCAGGCUCCCACGCCUCCCAACACUGUGUACAUCUACCAACCCCAGAAGCACAGCCUGGCGCCCUGCGCCCGGGGCAUCCCUUGGCGCCAGCCGCCCCCCCCGGCCCCGCGGGACCCCAGGAGCACCAGCCGGCCCGAAGGCGCCCCGACCCGCCCUCGCCCGCUGAUCCGGCCGGGCUGGAAGCCGGCCUCCGCCAAGCGCAAGGUGGAGGAGAUGGAGGUGGACGAGUUCUACGACGGGAUCAAGCGCCUCUACAACGAGGACAGCGCUCCGGAGGGGUCGUAG